AUGGUGCGUUCUUCAAACUGGCCGCCCUUGGUCUCGGCCUGCUUUCUCAGGCGGCGGCGGGACUCCAAGCACGUCUCCUGGUGGUCGGUCCCGGGCACCAAGUUUGGCUAUACCGGACAGACGGUAGCCAUCUCGUUCGGCAAUCUGACCAGCAAUGGCGUCCUCGUCGGGUACCGCAUCGACGGACUGGACUGGAUCUUCACAAACAUCACAGCAGGCGCCACACAUCUUCUUGUGAGCCCUGAUACGCCAGGCUCGAGCGAAACACGGCCCAUCAACCUGUGGACAUCUGAGAUGCGCGUGUCGAACUGGGCUUAUGGGAUACAGAUUGAGGCCGUCCAUGUUGCCAAGGGCGAGAAGCUUAUCAAGAUCCCCGACUUCGGCCGCCGGAUUGAGGUCAUUGGUGACACGCUGGGUUGCGCAACACGGAAUACUCAAAUCACUGCCUAUCCAGGCAUAUACGCCACUGAUCAAGAGUGUUGGGGCAACCCUCAUGGACAAGUCUAUCAGUGGUUUUACACCUCGGAUACGAGCUACCGGGCUUCUGUGAUUCAUGGCGAUGGUCCCGAGCCGUGGGACUUCAGCAAGCAAUCCCCUGCUGACAUCGUCGUCAUCGAUAUUGACACUAACGACAACAGCCAGGCGAACAACGUCUCGACUGAGGCUUACUUUAAUGCCGUGACCAAGAUCAUCCAGGGAGUUCACGGCAAGUGGCCCAAGGCCCAGGUUAUUGUCAUGUCCCACUGGCGGGGCUUCUAUGAAUUUGGAAACACCUAUUCUGCCCAACGCGCCCUAGGGUUCAACACGGACGCGUACCUCCGUAACCCCAUUGCCUUCAACACGGCAGGCAUCCUGCAGCACAACGACAUUGCUCCGCAGUGGCAUCGUACGGAAGUUGGCGCCAUCAAGGUUGCGAGGCACCUGCAACAGUUCAUCCGAAUGAAGUUUGGUUGGGACUUCUAUACAACCCGGCCAGAGUGA